UCUUUGGAUUUAUUGCCGCAAUAGAUUUUCUGAAGUGUGCCAUCGCGAUGGCUGCUCCUGCAGCCUGUACGCGUUUCUCGGACAACUAUGAGAUCAAAGAGGAACUGGGCCGAGGCGCAUUUUCCAUUGUGAAACGUUGCGUACAGAAAUCGACAGGGAAUGAAUUCGCCGCCAAGAUCAUCAAUACAAAGAAAUUGACCGCACGCGAUUUCCAAAAGCUCGAACGCGAAGCGAGAAUCUGCCGCAAAUUGCACCAUCCCAAUAUUGUGCGACUGCACGACAGCAUACAGGAGGAGAACUAUCACUAUUUGGUAUUCGAUUUGGUCACAGGCGGCGAACUGUUCGAAGACAUUGUCGCCCGAGAAUUCUAUUCGGAGGCCGAUGCAUCGCACUGUAUCCAGCAGAUAUUGGAGUCCGUCAAUCACUGCCACCAGAAUGGUGUCGUACAUCGUGAUCUGAAGCCGGAGAACCUAUUGCUGGCCAGCAAGGCGAAGGGUGCUGCUGUCAAAUUGGCCGAUUUCGGUCUGGCCAUUGAGGUGCAGGGGGAUCAUCAGGCCUGGUUUGGUUUUGCCGGCACUCCGGGCUAUCUGUCGCCCGAGGUGCUCAAGAAGGAACCCUACGGCAAACCGGUGGACAUUUGGGCUUGUGGUGUUAUCUUAUACAUUCUCCUGGUCGGUUAUCCACCGUUUUGGGAUGAGGAUCAACACCGCCUGUAUUCCCAAAUCAAGGCUGGAGCUUAUGAUUAUCCAUCGCCCGAAUGGGAUACGGUAACACCAGAAGCCAAAAAUCUAAUCAAUCAAAUGCUUACCGUCAAUCCCCACAAACGUAUCACAGCUGCUGAAGCCCUCAAACAUCCCUGGAUAUGCCAACGUGAACGUGUCGCCUCCGUGGUUCACCGCCAAGAAACUGUUGAUUGCCUCAAGAAGUUCAAUGCUCGUCGCAAGCUGAAGGGCGCCAUACUAACGACAAUGCUGGCCACGCGGAACUUCUCCAGCAAGAGUAUGGUGACCAAAAAGGGCGAGGGCUCGCCCGUCAAGGACUCCACAGACUCGUCGAACGCCACCCUCGAGGAUGACGAUGUGAAGGCCCGUCGCCAGGAGAUCAUCAAAAUCACCGAACAACUGAUUGAGGCCAUCAACAGUGGGGAUUUUGAUGCAUACACCAAAAUCGGUGAUCCGCACUUGACUGCGUUUGAGCCUGAGGCCCUGGGUAAUCUGGUCGAAGGAAUUGACUUUCACAAAUUCUAUUUCGAAAAUGUUUUGGGCAAAAAUUGCAAAGCUAUCAAUACCACAAUUCUCAAUCCUCAUGUCCAUUUGCUGGGCGAGGAUGCCGCUUGUAUUGCUUAUGUACGCUUAACACAAUAUAUUGAUAAACAGGGCCAUGCCCACACCCAUCAGUCGGAGGAGACACGUGUCUGGCAUAAACGCGACAGCAAAUGGCAGAAUGUCCAUUUCCAUCGCAGCGCCUCGGGCAAAGUGAGUGGAGCAACGACAUUUGAUUUUACAUCACAAAAGUAGAUGGAUGACGACGACGACGGCGAUAAUGAUGA